AAUGUUUCAGGCGAAAUUGAUGGCUGUAGUAACUAUGCUAGAUGAUACUUAUGAUGCUUAUGGCACUUUCCAAGAACUUGAAAUAUUCUCAGAAGCAAUUCAAAGAUGGGAUAUUACUGCCAUUGGAUCUCUUCCAGAAUGCAUGAAAGCAGUAUUUGAUGCAAUUAUUGAGUUGUGUGAAGAAAUGGAAUUGGAAACAACUGAGAGUGGAAAAUCAAGCUUUAUGGUUCCACGUUUUAAACAAGCUGUUAGUAAAUUAGUAAAAGGCUACAUGAUUGAAGCAAAAUGGUGCCAUGAAGGUCUUAUUCCAACAUAUGAAGAGUAUAAAGUUAAUGGUGUCUUAACUUCUAUUUUUACUCUUUUGAUGUCAUCAUUUAUUGGCCUGGGAGAAUAUGGAACAAAAGAAGUGUUUGAUUGGAUUUUUAGUGAUCCAAAUAUCAUUAAUGCUGUAUCACUUAUUGGAAGACUCUUAAAUGACACAUCAUCACAUAAGUUUGAGCAACGACGAGAUCAUGUUGCCUCAUCUGUUGAAUGUUGCAUGAAGCAAUAUGACAUUUCAUAUAGAGAGGCCUAUAACUUCAUUCGCAAGGAUGUUGAAGAAUAUUGGAAGGUUAUUAAUGAAGAGUGUCUCAGGUCAAAUGAUAUCCCAAAAUCUGUACUAGAUUGUGUAGUUAAUUAUGCACGUAUUUCUGAGGUUUGUUAUGGAAACCACCAAGAUAACUACACAAAUGGAGGAUUAAAGGAUUAUGUCUCUUCAUUACUUUUGGAUCCCGUGCGCAUCGAUCAACACCAAUAAGAGAAGUCAUUUCACAUAUAAGUGACAUUAUGCAUAUAUCCUGUAAUAUCUUAGGAUGUAUACUACCAUAAUGUUGCAUACUAUCAAGCAUAAAUAAAUAUGAAAAAAGAGUGAAUUGUUGGUAUCAAAGUUGAUUCAUUCUACGUGAAAUGUUGAAUGUGGCAGUUGAGACAAAUGUUAUUUGUAUAUUGUUGUUUGCUCAAUAUAAUAAUAUGUCCUGUCAUUUGCUUAUUUAUUAAUGUA